UAUUUGUGGCUGAAUUAAAUAUAUACAUUGGUGGCACCACCAAAUUUCCAACUCAAGAAAUCUUUUUCAUCUUCCACAAUUUACUCUCCUCCAUUGCUUUCUUCUCAACCCAAUUUUCUACUCCUUUUGUUUUUUUCUUUUCAUUUUCUCUUCCUUUCAAGCUAGUUUUAUUUUCAUCACCAUCUUAAUUUGCAUAUUUGCAAAGUGUAUAGCAGGGUAUUUUGCUGUAGGAGAAAAUUUAAUGGAAUCUACAUGCUUUGGUUCUAAUGAUGAAGUCUCACUAAAGCAAAAAUGGAAAUCCACUACAGAAGAUACGACAAUCUCUAGUGGUGAAAAUAACUGCUUUGAUUGCAAUAUUUGCUUGGAAUCAGCAAAUGAUCCUGUGGUUACACUCUGUGGUCACCUGUAUUGCUGGCCAUGCAUAUAUAAGUGGCUUAAUGUCCAAAGCUCUUCUGUUGAACCGGAUACGCAGCCGACAUGCCCGGUUUGUAAAGCCGUGAUCUCCCAUACUUCAUUAGUCCCACUUUACGGCCGAGGGAAAUCUAAUUCAGAAACCGAAUCCAAUAAACUACAGGUUGGUUUAGGUAUACCUCAUCGACCACCUCCUUAUAACUUAAAUGCUCUGUUAACUUCAAAUCGCCCAUCAAAUCUACGUCACGAGCAGCAACUUCAUCCGAACUAUUUCCAGUCACAAUCGCGACCAAUUCAUUAUCAGCACUACAUCCCUCACCUUUAUGGAGGUCAUGGUGCCAAUGGAUUACAUUAUCUUGGUGGUGCUGCUAUGACUAGUUUCGUCAAUCCUGUGAUGGGUUUGUUUGGGGAGAUGGUGUCGACAAGGAUGUUUGGUGUAUCUGAUGCAAAUUUGUUUGCGUACCCUCGUAACGGAAGUACCAGUCCUAGAAUGAGAAGGCAGGAGAUGCAGAUUGACAAGUCUUUGAACAGAGUUUCAAUCUUUCUUCUUUGUUGUUUUAUUUUGUGUCUUCUCUUGUUUUGAAGAUGUUGUAUUUCAGACUGUAUGUACAGCCACUUAUCUUGUGUAGCCCUGAAUAUUGAUGAUGCCUUUAUGGAUCUACAAUAGGCUGUCUGUUUACGUAGAUAGUAUGUUUUAGUAUAUUUUCUGAUAAUUAUAAUAUGUGUGUAACUAAAUGAGAGUGCAUGUUCUUGUUUUGAAGAAGCAAAUGACAUUCAAGACAUGGAUAUUUGCAAGUUUGGAGAGUGAAUAGGAAUUCUUAUGCAACUCUACUCUGUUCACCCUACAUUUCUAAAAAAAUCAAUUAUAUUUCUGGUA